AUGACAACCACAAAUCCCAAAUACAACCUCCGCAACCCGCUCCCCCUCUCCGCCUCCCAAGAAGCCGAAGUCAAGCAGCUAUACUACAAGCGCGUGCGCUCGCUCUGCGCGCCUGAGAUCAAGGCUUUCGCCGAAUGCGCCGUCAACCGCACGGUCACUGCGACAUGGGUGUGCCGAACACAGCGGCUUGCGAUGAAUUCGUGUAUGGUCGAGCACGCGAAGCCAGAAGAGGAAGAUCGGGCGCGCGAGGAGUGGUUUGCGGGGCAUGAGGAGCGACGGAGAGUGAAGCAGGCGGAGCUGGAUAAGGUUGAGAGGAGGCGGGAAGAGGUUAUUCGGAUGAUGAGGGAGGAUGAGAGGAGGAAGGCGGAGGGUAAGGGGACGGCUUCUGGGACGUCGAGUUGA